ACAGGCUGGGCUCCCACACCAGGCUGAGGGCUGGGUGAGCAGGUAGGCACCAUCGUGGUGGUGCAGAGCCCACAACAGGCUGGGGCCAGGCACUGCCUGCGGGCUCCGCAGCCCUGAGGGGACCACCAAGGUCUGUGCCGUGCGGGCAGCGCAGGGGCGAGGAGGGCUUGGUGACCGCGGGAGCACCGAGGGAGCCCUCCUGCCCGUGGCUGCACCUCGAUGGUGGGACAGGCGGCCCCAGAGGGGCAGAGAAUUCCCCAGGCAUCCCCGUGAAUGCAGCUGUCCUCCACUAAGGAAGCUCCGGGCCAGAGCCCAGAGGAGGGGGUGUCUGCGUUUCGCCCUGUCCCCCUGUGUUGGUGUGGGGAAGCCAGGCAGCUGCCGUGCAGCCACGCCGUGCCCCUGCCCACCCUGGGGCACCCUGCUUGGUGCAGCAACGCUCCCCUUUAAUUGUUCACCGUGCUCCCACAAGGGAGGAGACCUGGGCACCUUCCCUGCCACCCGCAGAGUGGCUGCAGGCACCCAGGGGCUUGGGCACGGUGUGUGGUGGGGUCUGCACCGAGGGCACUGCCACCCGCUGCUGUGGGAAACUGCCGUGUGCUGGUUGGGGCGCAGGGCUGCUGCCUCUGAGCCCUCUGCCAGGAUCCUGCCCGGGACGUGCCUCGGCACAGGGCUCCCUGCCAGAGCCUCAGGAGCCCCCUGAACCAUCGGGGCUGUCCUCAGCCUCUGUCGAGGAAGCUCCUGGCAGAGCAGGGGUGAGGACGGCAGCAUCCCGAAUGUGGUGCGUGGGCGGUGGGAGCCGAAGUAUUUCUAUCUCCCGGAACACGAUGCCGACUGCGUGGGCUGGAGCCAGCGCAGCUGCUGGCCCUGCCGCCCAGCCCCACAGCAGCACGCUCAGCCCCCCUCCAGCUGCUGCUGCUGGCUGCAGGCAGAUCCAGCCGGAGCGGGCGCUCCGCAGAGUCCCGCGGGGGUCAAGGUAUUGCCUCCAGGCAGCCCUGCAGGCACCUCGCCCUGCUCCCCACGGCUCCCUCCACGGUUUCUUCCUUGUCCCCUGCCACAAGUCCUUGUCCCCUUGUCCCCUGCCACAAGCGCAUUUCUGGGCUCCCGCCUGCUCCUGUCCUCCACGGUGGUGGCUGCUGUGCUGCAGUUUGUCUGCUGGCAUCUGCACGUUCGCAGCCCUCCAGCUCCACCUCGCUCACCACCAGUACCCGGGAAAUCCUGCGCUCCGCAGACUUUACGAGCCAAAGGGAACGAUAAGAGCAAUUAUAGGAUCAGCCAACUGAACAGGGUGAUAAACCUCAAAGGCAGGCGCUGCUGGCAGCUCCAGCACAGGUGCAGCAGCGUGGAUAGCGGUGGGGCCCUGGAGCUGCUGGGUGGGCAGCACUGGACCUGCAGCAGCGCCCUGCCCCUGCCCGGCCCCGCUGUGCCCAGCCCCAGGAGGGCCCGGAGGGUGCAGGCUGGUGGACACAGGCUGACGGCCGUGGCCCUGUCCCUGCUGUGCCCCAGGGCUGCCCCCGCUGCAAGCAUCCUGCAGGCAGCGUGGCUCUGGUGUCAGCACCGGCUCCUGUUACUGCAUAAACACCCCCGCUGGGGAGGGGACCGCAGGCAAACGCAAACAGUUACUGAUUUACUGUAGCUCCACACCUUGCCGCAUUGUUGACUGUGGGGUUAAAUUACUUGGAAACAGACACUGGUCGAGACAAACAGCUCGUGACCUUGCAGCAGGGACCACCUGAGCCCUCACGGCCCUGCGCCUGCACGGGGCUCCAGGAUGCUCCAGCCCAGAGCUGGGGCUGCCCGCGGUGCAGAUGCGGUGCUGAGGGCACAUCCCUGCAGGAGGACCCCACUCACCCCCCACCCUGUGGAGGAGAGGCUGGGGCUGUGCCCAGGACAGGGCCGGGGAGGCUCUGGGUGCCCCCCCGGCAGAGCAGCAGAGCCCCAGCCCUGCAGCCAGGCAGCACUGGCACCGUGCAGGGGCCUCACCUCGUACCUGUGACUGAGCCAAACGCUCUGAGCCCAAACUGGAAGCUGUGAGCAAAGGGUCUGAGGGUCCCUGGGGCCCCCAGCACAGUGCCAGACCCCGAGGGAAUUAAACCCACUGCUCUUGGAGAUGACCACGAAGUGGCUGAGCAGCAAACGCUGAUGAGGGCCGGGCAGCCACGCGGGGUGAUUUCGAUUGCUUGGCUCGCUGGGCCUGCUCAAAUAGAGCCUGGCUUGGUGCUGCCCGGCACUGCCAGCCGACAGCCGGCGUGUGGGCUGCAGGAGGUGUGCGGCAGAGGGGGCCUGGGGCUGCUCAGCCCCUGCACCGCUGUGCCUGCAGCACCGUGCACACGGGGGGCCCGCUCCCUGCCACCCCCAGCAGUGCUGCCGCCAGGCCAGGCUGACUCCCCGGGGCUGCAGGAGGCCAUGGGCGCAGCGGGGAGCUGCAGGACAGGGCUGCGUUGGGGUGGGACGGAGCUGCAGGAGGGGCACGAGCGAGCCCCACGUGCCAGGCGCCUUCCCGAGGAGGUGCAGGGCAGCCUGAAGGGCUCUUCAGUCAAGUAGCGAAAAGCUGUGCAAAAACAAGAGGCUGGAGCAGCAGCCGGGGGGGCUGCAGGGGCAGCAGAGCCACAGCCCCGAGCAAGCUGCCAGCUCCCCGUGCUGCAGGGCAGCCGCAGCCCAGCCGGGGGCUGCACCCGAGCGUGCGGCUGCUGCUGGGGCGCUGAUGGGACGGGACGGAGCGUGGGCACCGCGUGCCCCACACCUGCUGCUGCUACCAGCACAGCCCAGCUGCAUGCUGCAGGACCAGCAGCACCCCGGAGCGGGGUCACCACCGCUCAGCACCCCCCAGGACCAGGGCUGGGGGCGGCCGGGGGCUCCCUGUGUGCCGCAGCGGGCGAUGCAGCGGUGGCGCUUGGCGGCUGUUCCUGCCGGGCAAGUUUUCGGCCAGACGCCUGCUCUGCUCGAGGCUUCCACUUCCUGGUCGGCAGCCAGGAGCGAGCAGAUACCUGAUACUUGGGGAUUGUGCAACGGCUCGAAGGGGGAGCCUGGCCAGGCCAGUUCCUUAUGAGCCACCCGGAAGGCAGUCCCCUCCCGCCUGGCCGGCCCCACCUGGAGAGGAGCUUAAAGCCCAGCGGGGUGGCCCUGCACGCGCAGAGCCGGCUCCCCUGCACCAUGCCCAAGGCCAGCAGCGUGCUCGUCCUCGCAGGGCUCCUGGUUCUCUGGGCAGAGCUGCCGCCAGCAUCCGCCCAGAAUGUCACGACGAAAGCCGGCGUGUGCCCGGACCCAGCGACAGAGGAAGCCAACUGCACAGUGGGGUGCCAGUCCGAUGGCGACUGCGAGAGCACCCUCAAGUGCUGCCCGGCGGCCUGUGGCACGGCCUGCCAGGAGCCCGACGAGAAGCCCGGCACCUGCCCGCCCGUGAAGCCAGGGAUCCCCAUGCUGGGGCUCUGCGCUAACCAGUGCAAGACGGACUCCAACUGCCCCGGGAGCCUCAAGUGCUGCAGGAACGGCUGCGGCAAGGUCUCCUGCGUGACUCCCCACUACUGAGGCACAGCCUCCUGCUGCCAGCCCAGCCACAGGGAAGCUGCUGCCCGACGCGAUGCCCGCACGUCCAGGCCCCCCGCGCCCUCCUGCCCCCUGGCUGGGCUCCCAGCUCAGAGCCUUCAGCCUCAGCUUCCUCCCUGGGGCCCGGCUCGGGGCGCGCCGCAGCCCCCCGUGCCCUGACCAAUAAAGCAGCCUCUCCCUGC